UCCAAGACGCCCUUAAGCAUCCGCUCUUGGGGCUUGAGAAGGCUUGGGAGGCACCGGUCUCACCUUGGAGCCGGCGUCCCAGUCUGACGGCCGGUCGAUUGCAGGAUGCGUGUCCCGCAGGUGUAGAUGCCUUCGCUCUGGGCACUUAGUUGAGUUUGCCCGGUGAAGAUCUAUCGGAUGCUACCGGAAUCUGAUGUGGUUGAAUGUGGUUGCGUUAUUUUUCCAGUUUAGCAUAUUGUGUGAACUCAGGCUGGUUGGCCGCUACCUAACUCAGUAUAUUGCACAAACUUAGAAAAUGGAUUGACAGGACAACUGGAUAAGGCUUGUCUGAAUGCAGCCAAUUAAUCAUUGGUUUAAAUUAAAUGUGGGAAGAAUUGACUUAGAAGCCCCUGUUUCCUUUGCUGCGAGGCUAGAGAAGAAUGGGAUGGCAACCAGUUGAUAUUAGGAGUUUGUUGAUAAGUCAGUUCUGGUCUCCUCUGUUGGCCUUACUCCUGAGGAAGCCUGCUGCAUUGCUUCAGAAAUCCAGGUGGCCCUUGAAACAGGAAGCCGACUGAGAUGCUGACCUCAACUCAAGUUUUGGUGAUCAAAGAGAAGACCUUUUCUUCUUUCUGUGGGCUUAAAUUGGAUUAACAGAGGACAUUAAUGAUGAAGCUGACCUGCAUGUUUUCCUUCAUCCUUCUGUUUGGAGCAGCUGGGCUUCUCGUUUUCAUCCACCUGCAGGAUCCAGAAGAAGUUGUACACCAGCAAGUCCCAGGAAUGAGAUAUGGCAGGGGAUCUCAGGAAGCUAAAAGAGAAGGCGCAUCGAGCAACGAUCAGGCAAAUGGAGAGGACUCCUUUCUGAUGGCAAACCAGCGGGCCUCUUUACACCCCGUGCGAGAUGAGUCCGUGAAGCCUCGAAGCUCAGGCCAGGCCCAGAAGGCUUUAGGCGGGAUUCAAGACCGACAGCGGAAAGGUCCAGGUGCGAAUUCUGCCUAUCAGCGAAAGAGGAAAUUUGUCCUGAGAAGAAGCCCCCUCCGGAUUGCAAUUAAUGCCUCCUUCCACAGCCUGCCCCUCCUGAAAGCUGAGGCGAAAGAGGAGCUGAAGUGGAGGAGUCUCUACGAGGUCCAGAGAGAGAGAAAACGCAUCAUGAGAGACACGUGCUCCAAGUACAAGAGUAACAACAAAAGAGUCAUCACCCCUUAUCAUGUUUCCAGGAUAUUUGUCGAAGAUAAAUAUCGAAUUUUAUAUUGUGAAGUCCCGAAAGCCGGCUGUUCCAACUGGAAGAGAGUGCUCAUGGUUCUUAAUGGACUGGCCUCCUCAACCAGGGUUAUUCAGCACAAUACUGUGCAUUAUGGGAAUUAUCUGAAGAAGCUGGAUGGUUUUGAUCACAAAGGGAUCAACUACAGGCUCAGUACUUACACUAAGAUGCUCUUUGUUCGUGAACCUUUUGAGAAGUUAGUGUCGGCAUUUCGAGACAAGUUUGAGCAUCCCAACAAUUAUUACCACCCCGUCUUUGGCAGGCCCAUUAUUUCAAAGUAUCGCCCCAAUGCCACCAAGGAGGCCCUGAGGACAGGCUCUGGGGUAGAGUUCAAAGAGUUUGUUCAAUAUCUUCUCGAUGUGCACCGGCCGAUUGGCAUGGACAUCCACUGGGAUCACAUCAACAGGCUGUGUAGUCCUUGCUUAGUGGACUAUGACUUCAUUGGGAAAUUUGAAACCAUGGAAGAAGAUGCUAACUUUUUCCUCCAUUUGAUAAAUGCUCCACAGAAUUUGACUUUCCCUAGGUUUAAAGACAGACAUUCCAACGAAGAGAGGACAACCACUCAGAUCACACAACAAUAUUUUACACGGCUUUCUCCUUCUCAAAGGCAGCGUAGUUAUGAUUUCUAUUAUAUGGAUUAUCUGAUGUUUAAUUACUCAAAGCCUUUUGAGGACCUUUAUUAAGUGGAGGUGAGCUUUUGGUUGCAGCCUCGUGGAGCUCCUCCUAUGCAAUUUUGUGGAACAGACGUUUAUACAAAUACAUAAGCUUCAUGAAUGAGUUUCAUUACACCAGAAGGUUAAAUUACUUGAUCUGUCAUUCAUGUUCCAUCAAUCUCCAGUUCUCCCAUGGGUGUCUGUAUGAGGUUGGCAAAGUGGGAAGGCCGAUAAAGUACAGUUUGUCUCA